GCAUUCCCAACACGGACUCGGAAUGAAGCUCGCACUGAAUUUUGUGAUACUUUUGGUCGUUUCGGCACAUGCCGACCCGAAUCCAACUCCCAGAAGAAAUUCUGGUCGAAUUGUAGGCGGUAUUGAAGCGGAUCGCAACGAGUUUAAAUUCCUGGUGGACAUUAGCGUCGGUGACUUCCAUUUUUGCGGAGGAUCCUUAAUAAGCCCUGAGUGGGUCCUCACUUCCGCUUUGUGUGGGCAAAGUGGAGACUACUAUGUGACCGCAGGAGAUCACAAUAUUGAGAUUAACGAAGGCCCUGAGCAGAACAGACAGGUCAUCGAUGUCAUAAUUCACCCUCGUUAUAACGUCCCCGGAAAUGUGGAGCAUGAGAAUGACAUCGCUUUAAUGAAAGUCUUCCCACCGUUCGAAUUGAACGAAUUCGUGCAACCAAUUCUUCUCCCACAAGAUGCUAAUUUUACACCGACAGCUUUCGGAACCGUGGCGGGAUGGGGCCUCCUCUCCGAAUUCAAUGGAGAACCACCCUUCACUCUGAUAAAGGUCGAUGUCCCAUUCGUUCCUAGCGACGUUUGUAACACUGCUUACAACAAUUCCAUAACCACAUCCAUGCUUUGCUAUGGCGAGGAAGGGAAGGAUUUUUGCCUUGGAGACACUGGUGGUCCACUCAUCUGCGGGGAAACGUUAUGCGGAAUAGUGUCCUUCAGCACGGGUUGUGCGAGGUCCACUCAUCCCGGCGUGUAUACAAAGACGUCCCACUUUAUCGAUUGGAUUAGUGCGUCCAUAAUCCCACGAGACGAGGACGCCACCCCAGUUCAAGUUGUUCCCACUUGUGGCGGGAUAAUUGAAGCGACCUCUGCCCUGAUUUCGGUACAAAUUUCUCCCACAGGACAGCAAUGCGUUUGGACAGUGAAAGCGCCAUACGAUAAGUUACGAUUCAGACUGAUCAGUGCAGAAAUUACCGAUGAAAUAUAUGUCACCAGCUUUCCGAAUGGUGUCCCAGGUUCUCAUCAAAAAUUUGAUUCCAUCGAUCAAAACCUCACUGUAGACCAAGGUUCUUCCCUGAUAACAUUGUUCGCGACUGGCACCGAUUUAGCGCGGGAAAUCCAGCUGGAAAUCUUUUCCAGCGGCGUGUUAGAUCGAACCUUGAAUUUUACUGGAUACACGCCACUUCCAUAUAGUGCUGGCGAGGUGAUUCACCCCACUGUUGGGGGCAACUAUGGAAACUAUGAGAAUGUCAUGUUCGCCAUUGUGCCGACACAAAGGGGGGAAAAGACUUUACGAUUCUGGGACAUGGAUGUCGAGGACGGUUCGAAUUGUCGCUUUGACUCGGUUACCGUUAUACAUUGGGUGGAUAAUGGAUAUGUCGAAUCGGCCAGGGUUUGUGGAACCAUGACGCCUCCACCGAUAACUCUGGAGGCUGGCAUUGGUCUCAUAAUAUUCCGCAGUGACGCGAGCGAAACAGCGACAGGAUUCCGGCUAGAUUGGUACUGAAAAUGUGGACGAAUAUUUUUUCGGUAAUAAAUGUUGUACAUUUGUUCGGCACAAACAAUAAAUAAAUGAUUUCAGACAUUAAAAUUUUUUUAAA